AUGUCUGCAGAUGGAUUUAAGUGCAAUUUGAAAGGCUAUCAACAACCAAAUUAUUUAGAGGAUGUCUAAAAUAGAAUAGAGUCUGAUUAAACUCUUGAAAAUUUCUUUAAAGAUCAUUAAGGGCAAUAUGAAGAAUUUAAGAAUUAUUUGAAAAGAAAGAUUUUUAAUGAUCUGGAUGAGUUCCAAUAGCAUCUUGACAAUAUCUAGAAUUAAUGGGACUCUUAAUUUAAAGUUGAAUUAAAAAGGAUAGAGGUUUUCAGAUUAAUUAUGGCAAUGUACUUAGGAUUAUUAGAACGAAAUUUAUCUAAAGGUGGAUUCUAUAUUGUAAAUAUGAAUACAAUCAAAAAUUCGAAUAAUUAUAUUUCCAAAUAGAAAUUGAUGUGUUUUAAGAAUUAUAUAAAAGCAUUUUACUUAAAUUCUGAUAAAAUUUAAGAAGAAAAAAUAGUGUUUACUAAAAAUUCUGUUAGCAAAGAAGAUUUCAGAAAAAAAUUUGAAUAAUCAACCUAUUAAAAAAUUGAUUUUGAAUUCACUUAAUCGAAAAAUGAAGAUCAUUUAAAUUCUACUGUUGUAGAUUUUGCUGAUGAAAAUAUCGGAGGACUAGUGCUUGACGCCAGAAAUUGCGCAUAAGAGGAAAUUGUUAUGCUUAUAUUCGCUGAAGCUACUGUAUGUAUGGUUUUUAUUCCACCAAUGAAAGAAACUGAAGCAGUGUUGAUUGAGAAUUUGAAAAAAUAUAGCAAUUAUACUGGAUACGAACAAUCAUUCUAAUGCUCUCCAUCCUUGGAUCUUAAAGGAAGCUAUAAUAUGUUAGCUAUCGACGCAAAACCUUUUUAUACUGAAAACUAAUUUACUGAAGAAAAUAUUUAUAGAGAAUUGAUUAAGAGUUAUGCGGGAUUUGAGAUAUCACUAAAAAACGCACCCAAUUCCUAUAUAUCUACAGGAAGAUGGGGCUGCGGAAUUUUUAGAGGCAACCCUUAUUUGAAGGCAUUAAUUUAAUUUGUGAGUUUUGCAAUUGCAGUAAAUUAAUUGAACCUAAAAGAUAAAAAAAUAAUUAUGAAUUGUGUAAAUGACUAAUCCUUCUUUAAUUUUGGAAUGAAAUUAAAUAAAUUAUUACAAGAAAAGGAAAUGUAGCUUAAUUUAAUAAAUCUAAAAAAGUCAUUAUUGUAUAUGUAAAAUGAAGUGAGUGAUACAAAAUUUUAAUAUCAAGGAAAUAAUAUUAUAAGCCAGAUUUAUUAAAUUUUGAUUCAGAAUAUUCAAUAAGCGGUAGAAAUACAAUAAGAAAAUGAUGAUUUAAAUUAACCUUCAGAAGCUCAAGACAUUAGAUCAGAAAAUGAUAAUUUAAUUUAACCUUUAGUAGGUUAGGACAUUAAUUAAGAAAAAUUAAUAAAUACUCAAAAUAUUGAAGGAAAUAAAGAAAGUUAAUUUAAAAGUAAUGCUUAAAUAAUUGAAGAAAAACAAGAAAUGUAAAUUUAGAAUGAAGCAUAAAUUGAUUAAGAAAAAAAAGAAAGUGAAAACUUGAGUAUAGAAUCAAAUAAAAAUAAAAAUUGGGUUGGAAUAGCAACCAUUCUUUUGGCUUGUGGUUGUGGUUGUUUUGUUGGAAUCAUUGUUUAUAAAAAAGUUUUUAAAUGA